AUGUCUCUGUACCACGAGGCAGCAGAGCUGCUGCAGGCAUCGCCGUCAGAAGGCGGCAGUCUCAAAGCCCGCGUGUUUGGGAAGAAGGACCUCAAAUCUCCUCCCGGGCAGCUAUACGCUCUAGUGCUGGAGACAUGCAAAUGGAGUUCUGUUCUCAAGGAGGUGGUGGACCGGGCUGGGAUUCUCAAACUCGAGCGCAAGCUCACGCCGGCGCUCUCGAUACUGCUAGCGCAUGACCUGCUGCUAGCCAAGGGCGGCGUUGCACUCCCCCAGAGCCACGGACUCAGGCAGAGCAUAGAGAGACACAAGGGCAGGCUCAGCUCGGAGCUGACCCUGGCGCGUAUACGUCGCAAGCUGCCGACGACGGAAGCCCUGCGAGAGCAGGUCGAGAAGGCAGCCGUGGGCGACGGGGCCGGCUACCCGCGCUGGGUGCGCGUCAAUGCGCUCAAGAGCAGCGUGGAGGAGCAGCUGGAAACGACCUUUUCCCGCUACGACCGGGCCGCCGACCUGGAUCAGGUGACGGCGUCGACAAAGGCGACAGGGAAGGCUGUCUACAUAGACCCCCACGUCCCUGGCCUGCUGGCCGUCACGCAGGGGACGGACCUGAGCAGGACGGAGGCCUACACGUCCGGCAAGAUCAUCCUGCAGGACAAGGCAUCAUGCUUCCCCGCAUACCUUCUCGACCCGCAGCCCGAAGACGGCGACGUGAUAGACGCCUGCGCUGCACCCGGGAACAAGACGACGCACCUGGCCGCCAUCCUGCGCCAGCACCAGCCCGAGUUUGAGAGCCCCGCGCAGACAAUCUACGCCUUCGAGAAGGAUGCGCGCAGGGCCAAGACGCUGGACAGGAUGGUCAGGAUCGCCGGAUCGAGGGAGACGACGCGCAUAGGUCCCGGGCAGGACUUCCUCCAGGUGGACCCCCGCGACGGCAGGUACGAGGGCGUGGGUGCGCUGCUCCUGGACCCGAGCUGCUCGGGGAGCGGCAUCGUGGGCCGGGACUCGAUGCCGGAGCUCCACCUGCCCGGCACGGCGAAUGCUACGGCCGAUGGUGACGACGACGGCAAGGGCGGAAGAGGCUCGGCCAGGAACCCACGCAAGAGAGAGCGCGACCAGGCCGGCGGGAAGGAGGAGGAGGCGGAGAAGAAGGUCAUGGUGGACGACGACGGCAACGAGACGGUGGUGCAGUCGGACAAGGAUCUCAAGGCGCGUCUCAGGGCACUGUCGGGCUUCCAGCUCACGCUGCUGCUGCACGCCUUCCUCUUCCCCGGGGCCAGGAAGGUGACGUACUCGACGUGCUCGGUGCACGCGGAGGAGAACGAGCACGUGGUGAUGGCGGCGCUGACAUCGGAGGCCGCACGGGCUCGCGGAUGGCGCAUCCUCACCCGGCCAGCCCAGGUCGCCGGCAUGAGGGACUGGCCGGUGCGCGGUCUCCCAGAGGAGUGCGGCGGCGAUCGAGACGUGUCGGAGGGGUGCAUACGCUCCUACAAGGGUGACGGACGGGGGGUCAUGGGCUUCUUCGUCGCAGGAUUCGUGAGGGAUGGUAGAUCCGGCGAUGGGCAUGGGCAUGGGCAGCAGAAGCAGCCGGAGGAGGAGGAGUCGCCGUACGUGCAGAAUGAUGACGGCAGCAUCGUGCGGGACGUGACAGAACCGCGCGAAGGGGCGGUCAGCAGCGGUCACGACAUUGACGUAAGUAGCGGCGAUGCAAGCGACGACGAGGAGGACGGGGAGGACGGGGAGGACGAGGAGGACGGGGAGGACGGGGAGGAUGAGGACGAAUGGGGCGGGAUUGAUGACUAG